GAGAAAAUACUUUUGGGGCUUUAUAGCAUUUGAUUCCUUCAAAACAUACUUUCUCUUCCUUAUUUUUCAUUAUUUUCUCUUAUUCAGAAUGGAUUUUUCAUUGGUGGUUCUGUUCUGUGUGGGACUACUGCACCAGAGCACGGAGGCUGUCCUCAUGGAUAAACUGGCAGACAGUAAGAUCUGCAAAGAUGCAGAAUGUUCAUACGUUCUUUCCAUGGCUACAGCUUUGGAUGACUUCAUAGCUCCUGACUGCAGAUUCAUCAACAUCAAAAAGGGUCAGAUGGUUUAUGUGUAUUCUAAACUCAUACCAGAAGAGGGCACUGGAGUCUUCUGGUCUGGAAGUGUUUACAGUGAUCGGUAUGUGGACCAGAUGGGUAGAAUUGGAUAUUUUCCUGCAACUAUGGUGAAGGAGACACACCAGUUCACAGAAAACACAGUUGAGAUGCCAACAACGAACAUGGACUUCUACUGCGAUUAAGGCAUGGCAGACGCAG